AAGGUAGUUGGAUUUGAGUAGUUUAAAGUAAAGAACAAGGAAUGUGGAGUUGCAAGUAGUGCGAGAUAACUGAAGAAGUUGGUUAAUAUAAGAGUUCUGUUUUAUUGAGAUAUUUUAGUGUAGAACAGUAAUAAUGUUCAACCGAAUUUUAGUAACUGUGAUCAUCACCAUCAACACAAUCACUCGCCUGGAGGCUCAUCCCGAACCACCUAUCGGUAGUAGUGGUGGUGGCGGUGGGGGUCGCGCCCCAUAUCCACCAGCCCGCCCGGAGAGACAAGGCUACAGCUACGGUCCGCCGCCUCCACCGUCGAUAACCGUCAACAGCUACGGGACGGCCACCUCCGAAUACGGACCGCCCACACCGGCUCCCAUCAUCCACAAGCACGUCUAUGUGCACGUUCCGCCACCAGAGCCAGAAGUUAUCACCACCAGGAAACCCUUCGCGAUUCCACCCGCCCAGAAGCACUACAAGAUCGUAUUCAUCAAAGCUCCGUCGCCUCCGGCGCAAGCGCCACCCAUCAUCCCACCCCUGCCGCAGAACGAAGAAAAGACCCUGGUGUACGUGUUGGUGAAGAAACAAGACGAACCCGACGACAUCAUCAUUCCAACGCCUGCUGCGACCCCACCGUCGAAACCGGAGGUCUAUUUCAUUCGCUACAAAACGCAGAAGCAGGAAGGCAGUCCCGGUGGGCCUUAUCCUGCCAGCGGUUCGCCCCCAGGUCCAGAGUAUGGAGCCCCGCCGAGUAAACCACCCAGCAACAGCUACGGUGUACCACUAUAGAUCCAUCCUGUCCGAGUACAUCUUCCAUAAGUUCUUGAAACUGUUCAGUGGUCUUCCACCAGUCUGAGAUUGGCGUUUAGAGGCGUUUGAAAGGAACAACAUCAUUUUUUACAUUGUAAAAUCGCUUGUAUAUAUUUAGCAUUACGCAUGACACUAAAAACUA